CUCUCUCACACCAUCACACACUACAACUGCUGCACAAGAGCUCAUCACACACACACACACACACACACACACACAGCUGUUUGUUUGUGUGGUUAUGUGUUGACGUGAUUUGACGUCGUGAGGAGAAACGGACUGUCUCUUGCACCUUUCCCAUCCCUCCCUCGGCUGUCCGGGAGCCGCCAUGGAGUGUCGUGUGCUGUCCAUACAGAGCCACGUCGUCCGGGGGUAUGUGGGCAACAAGAGCGCGUCGUUCCCUCUGCAGGUGUUAGGGUUUGAGGUGGACUCCAUCAACUCUGUCCAGUUCUCCAACCAUACAGGUUAUUCUCAUUGGAAAGGCCAGGUCUUGACGGCAGAUGAGCUCCACGUUCUCUAUGAAGGAAUCAAACUGAACAACGUUCACCAGUACGACUACGUUUUAACAGGGUACACCAGAGACACAUCCUUCCUGGAGAUGGUAGUGGACAUUGUUCAGGAGCUAAAGAGAGCCAACCCCAACCUGGUGUAUGUAUGUGACCCCGUCCUCGGUGAUCACGGAUCUAUGUACGUUCCUCAGAAUCUCUAUCCGGUCUAUAAGAACAAGGUGGUUCCUGUUGCCGACAUUAUAACUCCCAACCAGUUUGAGGCCGAAUUGUUGACGGGGAAAAACAUCAGCACAGAGAAAGACGCUGUAGAGGUCAUGGACCUCCUCCACGCCAUGGGCCCAGACACAGUGGUCAUCACCUCCUCCGAUCUGCCCUCCAGACUGGGAGACCGCUUCCUCGUGUCGCUGGGCAGCCAGCGCCAAAUUCGUCCCGACGGCAGCAAGACGACACAGAGAGUUCGAAUAGAAGUUCACAAAGUAGACGCCGUCUUUGUAGGAACUGGAGAUUUGUUUGCUGCUAUGCUGCUAGCGUGGACACACCACUACCCUAAUGACCUAAAGAUGGCCUGUGAGAAGACUUUUUCAGUCAUGCACCAUGUUAUCCAGAGGACUAUUUCGUAUGCUCACGAGUUAGCAGGUCCUGGUCGGAAGCCCAGUCCGCCCCAGCUGGAGCUGAGGAUGGUUCAAAGUAAAGCGGACAUAGAGGACCCUGCUAUAGUAUUGGAGGCCACCGUCAUAUCCUAACAUUACCGACCCAUAAGACUCAUACUAACCUUUCUCCUCUUCACCCAUGAAUCUCUCGAAUUCCAGUAUCUCGGUGAAUCUCUCAUCACUGUAAACCUUUGACUGUCGUUUCCAAACUUCAACACCUCAUCAUCCAGACUCCUUAAAUAAAACCUUAGUAUUGUAACCCCUGUAGUCCUUUUACCCUUAAACCCCUUUUACCCCUUUAGGUCCUGAACCCCUUAACCUGUAAACCUUUUACCCAGACCCUGUUUUGGAACUAGAGCCAUGGAUAAACAGUGAGUUUGGUCGCGGUACUGCCUCGUCUCUAAUGCGGUAUGUAGCACAGGUUUUUUUUUAGAAAUCUGUCGGGUUUAAGUGUCAAAAAGCAGGCCGUAUGAAAAAAACAUACUGGCAAUACUAACAGAAAAAUAUGAGAGGGAUGAGGAUAAUUGGAAAACCCUGAAAAUACAUUCAAGGUCCAGUCCUCAA